GCGACGUUGUGCUCCCCGUGCUCGCACAGCCCAUCGGCAGACCGGAAGUGGAGCGUGGGUGCGUAUUCCUGUUCGACCGCAUAGCUCAAAACCGAAAGAGAUUCUCUUUCUGCAGAUUGGCGAGGAAGGGAGGAGAAGAGAAAACCGUGUUCUCAACCAGUUCGCUUGCUUUACCAUAUAGACGGCGCCUGGAAGAAAUCCUCGUUGCUGCUCUGUGUCGUCGGGUUUAUCUACAUGCCCGCUCCCUCUCAUUUCGACCCGCCCGUCGUGGUGGCGCUUUUCCCAUCCUGCGCGGUGCUCUCCUGGGAACCUCCGCGCACGUCAGCCAUCAAAUCCUUCGCCGAGCACACUUCAUGGGACUACCGUGUCGAGUACAGCUGCUCCUGCAGGAUGCGACAUCAGCCGUAUGCCAUGUCCACAACUGACACGUACGCCCUACUCGCCACUGCUCAUCCAGGCGAGACGUACUACGUGCGGGUGGUGGCCCGAGAGACGUUUGCGGGGUCUCUGGCGGGUCUCGUGUCGGCCAAAACGUCCUUUCAGGCGCGUAGCACCAUGUCGAUGCCAUGGCCGACCGCCGCGGCUUCGCCCUGCAUUUUUGAUGGGCUCUACCUCUGUGCGGCGAACGCGUGGGACGGCGGUGCGCUGGCCUCCGUGAGUGACAGCCGCCGAAGAUCACAGGAGCACGGAUGCCUGCUGGACAAGAGUUCUUCUGCGUGCGUCAUGGACGCAGAUGCGGAGUUUCGCUUGUACCGCGUCACGUACGACUGCCGUGUCCCUCCCGCCAAUACACGCACGGUGUACUACAUGGCUGCGACAGGGCGUCGCCCACGCGCGAGUCAGCGCAUGCGCAGCAAGGAGGUCGCGGCCCUCUUGAAGCGAGACAACGCCGCGCUGGUUUUUUGUGGGGUGGGGGACAGCGGCCGACUUGCAGUGAAGGCGGCGCACGCGCUUCUCUCUUCCUUCAUGACCUCCUGUCCAGCGCUGAGCCUUUCAGUGUUUUGCAUCACGUAUGGAACCCCCCGAUGCUAUCUCAAGGACGGACCGCAACUGCUGAUUCACACCUUACCGCUGAGCUAUCACUUUCUGCACGUCACACAGCUGUCACGGACGGAUGACGGUUCUUCUUUAGGAGAUGACCCUGUGGUCUCGCAGCGGGGCACGGGUGAUGGUAGUUCUCCUUUGCGUCUGACCGGCUACUCGGAGGGGUUUUACGAGAACACCCUUCUCGGUGCUCAGUGCCGCGUUGCGCAUGACGUCAACGACGGAGACGUGCUGCAGCUCUACACCUCCGGCCCUGCAGUGCCGCUGACCGCUGCGGAGGAGACAGAAGAAUUCGACGUGGAGCGUGCGCUUCAGCGUCUGUUGAGCGUUUUCUUCCCCUCUUCCCCGUCCUGGCUGGUCCCUACGCUGUUGUCCAUCCACUGCCGCUCCACCGGUCCUCUGCUCUACGUGACUGUGGAGGGCUCCAACUUGCACUACACUCCACGGCUUACCCUUCUACCACAGCAGCAGCCGCACGGUGCAGCCUUUCCGUUUUUGAUUGAGUGUCGCCCUCAGCAGCUGACAUGUGUCUGCUCCCUCCUUCCGUGGAUAGAGGAGUGCGUCUCUGAGGGCGGCGCAGUCGUAGGCAAGAGAUGCUCUGCUGAUCUGUCGCUCUGCACUCUCGUUCAAACGGCGUUCGGCAUGUGUGCGGCCUGCCCCGACGAGGACGUGCCCCUUCCACGGGAUCUGACAGAACUCUUUCAAAGCACCGCAGAGAUGACGGCACCGUGGGUCACGGCGGUGCCGUCGGAGCUGCUCGAGUGCGCGUUGCAGACGCAGCCACUGUAUGCUCUGUGCCGGGGUCCGUCAUCUGCUACCGGAGUUGACACGGCGCUGAAUCCCCUCGCGCAGGUGCUGUGCAGCUUUGCCAGUGCUGCCGAGACGGUGCUCGCGGAGCAGACGCGCGCUGGCACUGCGGGCGGAAUGGCUGCCGCUGGAUCCGUCUUUGGGUUCAUGAGCAACGUGGCAGCUCGCUUCUCCUCUGCGGUGUCCAGCACGUCUGUCGAUGCGGCGCCAAAGCUUUCUGUGCCCGGAAAGGAGGCGGCGUUUCUCAAGAAUGCGUUGAAAGAGUGGACGGGAAAUGCGUCUGCGGGCAUCGACGUGUGGGGGCUGCGAAGUGCUUCGUGGAAGCAGCGCGUCUUACAUGGUCUUCCGUUGCUGAGCGACAGCUCAUUCCGCUCCACGCUCACUCGCCUGCUGAGGGUGUUUGACCUUCACGUUGACGCCUACGAGGGCGCGCCGCAUGCAUGGUUGGAGGCGCGGCUCUACGCGCACGUGCGGCGUCACGUCACGCUGCGGCUGUCCUCCAGCUUCAACAUGGAGGAGCUCCUCUCCACGACCGUUACCCUCAGCGACUUCUACGCCGCUGUUAUCGACGUCUUCACUUCUGUACUUCCAGCUUCGGCUGCAGCGCCGCUUCCUUUUGUCGAGGACGUGCUGCUGCUGUGGUGUCUGUGUCAGUGCUUUGAGCUGCGGCGUGAACUGUCCGCCACUUUUUUCUGCUGCACCGUCGGCUGCCCGGGCUGCGGGGGGUCAACGCUUUCCGCCACUCUAUCGACGUUGCUGCAGUCUGAAGACGCGUUCUGCUACCCGCGCUCGACACAGCGCCGACGCGUGCCGGCCUGCCGUCUUGCCUCCUCGCGUCUGUCUGCGCUCUUUCUUGCGAUGAGGUCCGGCGUGCGUCUCGCUGUCUUUCUCGCUGGGGAAUUGCCAGAUAUUGUGCGGCCACAGUACGCCUCCAUGAGCAUGCGCAUACAGGAGAACUUGACCUUCGAAAGUCAGCACUGGUUCCGCGUCAUCACAAAGGCUGAUGAGCAUUUGCCCCAUGUACGCGGGUUAGGUGGAGCGCCGUUGUUGGAGACCUCAGCAGAUCGCUUUCUCGAGGAGGCGAAGAAGGAGAUGCUGGGAGGCGACGUUGUGGAGGAGCAUCGGCUGGUGAUCUCACUCGCCCCCUCACCUCCCUUUAUCGGACAGAUUCUCAGGUGCAGUCAGGAGAAGGCGCAUGCGUUUGCAGCCUCGCUGAGGGCCGCCUCUCAGAGGGCCCUUCUUCCUUGUCUCCUCUUGAGUUUACAACAGGCAGAUGCCACGGCAAGGCAAUAA